AUGCCCAGUAGAGCCUGCAGGCUCAUAUGCUCCGCAGGGGAGGAAGAGCAGGCCUGUUGUGGGAGCUUCCCACGAUUGCCUGGCCCAACGGGAUUGACUCGAUGCUGGUGUAGUCGGCGGGUGCUGAGAUUAAUCAACGACGAGCAGGCCCUGCUAUGGGAGUUGCCCACGGUUGUUGGGCUCAAUGAGAUUGACUCGCUGGUGUACUCGGCUCGUGUCGAGAUUAAUCAGCUGCAGUGGUCGGCGACCCAGCCCGAUUGGAUCGCGAUUGCAUUUGGGAAAAAGGUGCAGAUGCUCUAG